AUGAAAGUGGUAUCAGAAAUCAGAGAGACAAAGAAAAGGGUGGUUAUUGGAAUUGACGAGGCAGGAAGAGGACCAGUGGUUGGACCAAUGGUAUAUGGCGUAUUCAUCAUGGAGACGGCUGUGAUAGAAGACAAGGGAAGAAGAAGGGUGUACAGGGAUUCAAAGGAGAUGAGGCCAGAACAGAGACGGAGACUGUUUGAAGAGCUGAAAUUGGAGAAUGGAUUUGAUUAUGCGUAUAUUGAAGUGGAUCCAAUGCAUAUUACAAUGUGCAUGAAUAGAGGAGUAAGAAACUUGAAUGAGAUAGCAAGAGAUGCGGUAGUGGCACUUCUGGAAGAGGUGAGAAAGAAAUGUGGCUCUGUGGAACGAGUUUAUGUUGAUGGACUAGGAAACAACGAGAAAUAUGAGGCAUUCUUGACUGAGAAGUUUGGAUAUGAUUUUGUGGUGGAGAACAAGGCUGAUUCAAAGUAUGAGGUGGUUUCAGGUGCCAGUAUUGUGGCAAAAGUGAUACGAGAUGCCCACUUUGAAGAUGAUUCCAGAAAUAGGAGGAUGAUAGGAAGUCAUUGGACUGAUUUGGGGUAUUCUGAACUUUAUGCAUCUGACAAACAAAGUUGUGGAAGUGGAUAUCCAUCAGAUCCAGAUACUAAGCAGUGGCUUAAGUGCAAUUUCAGACCUAUUUCAGGAUUCAGUAGAAGAGUCAGACACAGUUGGGAGACUGUGAAGAAGCUGUUGAUGGUAGAGAAGAAGAGGGAACUCAAAAGUCUACCUGGUUUCUAUUUACUGAACUGA